AUGCCUCCACGACGUACCACGCGUGCUGCGACUUCCACACCUACUAGAACUCUUCCUGCUGCCACCAGACCGUUAAACCACGGCAAUACUCCAGGUAGAACAGCCACCCUUGAAACCACCCCACUCCCCGAUGUCGAAGCGGAACUAUCGUUUGCAUAUGGCUCGUCCAAUACGAAACCUCUACCCUUGCAACUAGUGGCGCAUAAGAAACAAAGCCACCAGCAGAUACUUGAAAUUGUUGAUAUAGGGGUUGUUGAAGCUAACAAAAACUUCGCAGCUCAAGCAGUCGAAGCCGAGCAGUAUGGCACCACAACUGCAGUAGCUCGUGCGGCGCGAGCUGCUAGACGAUCUUCAGAGCGUGAAUCCAGAGCAAGUUCGGUCGAAGAGGAUCAAACGCCGGUGCCGCAAAUAUCCCGCCGUCGGAAAGGCUUCUCCACGGAGAAAACCAACCAAUGGCUUGACGACAUUGAAGAAGAAGCUGACUCCCAAGAAAGAGCCGGUACUCAAGACGAUGCCGGUUCGCAACGGGUAUCCUAUGUCCAAGCGAAGGCUGGUACCCAAGGAGGGCAAAAUGCUCAGGAAGAAGCCGGGUCUCAAGGAGAUCUCAAAUCCCGUGAUGAUUCCUCUCUCUCGAACAAUUCUCAUCGUUCUCUCGACCGAGACACGGAGUCAUCUCCUCCGGAAACUCAACGUGGACAGUCUACCAUGCCCGACCUCAACCAUUGGGACCACACCUAUACACAAGAGCGUGGCCUUCACUCUCAAGGCACCACUCAGCCUCCUACCGAUGCUUGGAGUAGAUUCCUGUGCUAUGUGACAGAUGUUCGCGACUUCUUUCUCCUCCGGUGGAACCGUAUAUGGUGGUAUUUUCACGACUAUUCCUUUGAAAAAUUCCGGACUCACUGCUAUGAGUUGGCUUUUAUGGGUUGUAUACUCUUUCUGAUUUUUGCCGGCGCGCUUUUCAUGACAACUGUAUUCUGCUGGUGGUUCUGUGAGACGCCUUGGUCUCUCAGCCCGUCAGGAUCAUGGCACCACCGUGUCAACGGCAUGUGCAGAUAUACCGCAAUGGACUGGCGGUCAAGGGAUACCACUGCAGAUGCAACCUCAACAGGCACUUCCGCGUCGCAGAUCAGCCGUCUUAUGAAACAGAUCAAACGUCAGGAGGAACUUGUCCACGAUUUGCAAGCGAAACAGUCCGUCACAUCUGCCACCGUGGACGAACUCACCGAACGACAAGCAGAACUUUUGAAGUACCAGUCUGAGCUCCAAGGCAAAUUGGCCAAGGCCGAAGCCGCCCAAGCUGCUUCUUCAUCUCGAUCCUCUAAAUCUCCAUGGCAAUCACCCUACCUAGCCCCAAUCUUCAAGCGAAUCAACUACGCAUCCCCUGGCCUUGGCGCAGUCAUCGACCCCUACCUCACCUCGCCCACAAAAGCAAAACACUUUCCUUUUUACCAACGUCUCCUCCUGGAUAGUGCCGGCAUCAAGAAAUACCAAUCUCGACCCCCCAUCCAAGCAUUGACGCCGUGGACCGAAAUUGGUGACUGCUGGUGCGCGGCUCUGACCGAAAGCCCCAACCAUCCCACAUCAAAGUCGAAAAUCCAGAUGGAUGGCCGCAAUGGCCGUUACGUGCAACUAGCCAUCAUGCUAGGCUAUGACAUCUUUCCGGAUGAAAUCGUGAUCGAACACCUACCAAUCAAAACCACUCCCUUCCCCGGCAUCGCCCCCAAAGAUAUCGAAAUCUGGGCCGAUUUUGGCCAUCUAUCUCACAAGGAAUUCGCAUCGUUGACAGCAGGUCCGCGUGGGUUAAAAGAAGUGGAACUGUAUCCCCCAAUGGGGCUGCUAGGGACAUUCCAGUACGACGCCGUGGCCAACGAGAAGGAAGGGAGAUACGUGCAGGUGUUCCGCUUGGAGUACAAUCAAAAUCAGCACGAUGAGUUUUGGACCAAGAAGCUGGUGGUGAGGGUCAAGCGGAAUUGGGGCGGAGAGAACACGUGUCUAUAUCGUGUCAGGGUGCACGGUGUGCCUGUACAUCCACAUCCGGAGCUUGUGGCAGAGGAUGAUUAG